AUGAGCAGCAGUAGUAGCAGUGUUGGUAUAUUGAGUAAUAGUAGCGGUUUUGUGGGUUGUUGUCGUUGUUUCUCGACGAGUGCGAAAAGUCGACGGAGACACGUAAGACGACCAACGGGGAAAAUCUACGGCGAUGUGUCCCGCUCGUGGACGUCGCGAAAAUCCCUCCGCAUGCCUUUAAAAGACUGGAAAAAAGAUGAAAACGAAGCAAAGUCGUUCGCGAGUUACGUUUCCGACGGAUCUCGAAUUCUUUCGGUCACUUUUCCGGACGAAAACAGACGGACAAGAAUCGAUGAAAACACCUGGAAGGUGGAGCUUUUACCGUUCGAUUUUCUGGGCAACAAAGUCGUCGUGAGAACGACGAUCGCGUUAAUUCCAAAUCGAACGGAUAAAUCAAUCAGUAUAAACGCGAAAAAGCUCGAGUUUGAAGGCAUGCCGAAAGAAUUCAAUUUAGACGAGACGGUGACGUUGAAAAUGGAAGGGAAGUUAGGCGAAGAGAGAAGCUUUCGAAAGAGGCGGAGGAACGAUUCAGACGAAGAGGUUGGAGGAGACGAAGAGGAAGAGGAACACGGAGAGGACGAUAAAAACGACGAUAUGAAAAGAGCGGUUCGAGGCGACGUGGUCAUGACCCUCGACGCGUCCGUGAACGACUUCGUCGCUUUAGUCCCGGGUUUAGACGACGUCGUCAACGCCAUCAACGACGCGGUAUUAGCAAACUUACAAGGCGCCAUCGAGAAAAAUUUAAUCGCGGAAUACGAGCGGUGGCGAAACGAAGAAGUCACGGGAGAAGAAGAAGUGAAAGAAGACGAACGAAAACGAGAGAAAACUUUAUACAGAGGGAACGGCGCGCCCGUAGGUGUCGUGCCGAAACGCGUCGCCAGGUUUUAG